GUUUUUGUAUUUGGACUAAACUGCAGUAAUUGUCUGGGAACUGGAGAUAAUCAGAGUACAAUUGUACCAAAAAAACUUGAAGGUUUAUGCGGAAAGAGGAUCUGCAGUCUUAGCUAUGGAAGUGGGCCGCAUGUGAUCCUUAGUACAGAAGAUGGUGAAGUUUAUGCCUGGGGACAUAAUGGAUAUAGUCAGCUUGGGAAUGGGACAACCAACCAGGGUGUGACGCCUAUUCAGAUUUCUACUAAUUUACUCACUAAGAAAGUAACCGAAGUAGCUUGUGGUUCCCACCAUUCUCUCGCAUUAUCAUCUGAAGGAGAUGUAUAUGCCUGGGGCUAUAACAACUGUGGACAAGUCGGGUCAGGAUCAACUGCAAACCAGCCAACUCCUCGCAAAGUCUCCAGUUGUUUACAGGCUAAGGUAGCAGUCAGCAUUGCCUGCGGUCAAACUUCUUCCGUUGUAGUCAUAGAUAAUGGGGAGGUCUAUGGCUGGGGUUACAAUGGCAAUGGACAACUUGGUCUGGGAAAUAAUGGCAAUCAGUUAACUCCAUGCAGAGUGGCAGCACUUCAAGGUGUUUGUGUAAUGCAGAUUGUCUGUGGCUAUGCGCACACGCUAGCACUAACAGAUGAGGGUUUACUGUAUGCCUGGGGAGCAAACACUUAUGGGCAGUUGGGGACUGGCAACAAAAGCAAUCAUCUCAGCCCAGUGCAAAUCAUGAUGGAAAAGGAAAGGGUUGUCGAAAUCGCUGCUUGCCAUUCCACUCACACAUCUGCUGCCAAAACACAGAGUGGCUUAGUUUACAUGUGGGGUCAGUGUCGGGGGCAGUCGGUGGUCCUGCCCCAUGUUACCCACCUUUCCUGCACAGAUGAUGUGUUUGCUUGCUUUUCCACUCCUUCUGUGAUGUGGCGUCUCCUGUCAGUAGAGCAUGAGGAAUUUUUAACAGUGACAGAGUCUUUGAAGAGAGAAUUUGACAGUCCUGAAACAUCAGAUCUAAAGUUUAGAGUAGAUGGAAAAUUCAUUUAUGUACAUAAAGCUGUUUUAAAAAUCAGAUGUGAGCACUUCCGUACUAUGUUCCAGUCCUACUGGAAUGAAGAUGAGAAGGAAGUGAUAGACGUAGAUCAGUUUUCCUAUCCAGUGUAUCGUGCUUUUCUUGAGUACCUAUACACCGACAAUGUUGACUUGCCACCUGAAGAUGCUAUAGGGCUACUGGAUUUGGCUACAUCAUACUGUGAAAACCGAUUGAAAAAGCUGUGCCAGCAUCUCAUCAAAAGAGGAAUCACAGUGGAGAAUGCUUUCUCGCUGCUCACUGCAGCAGUGCGCUAUGAUGCAGAGGAUUUAGAAGAAUUCUGCUUUAAGUUUUGUAUCAAUCAUUUGACUGAAGUCACCCAGACAUCUGCCUUCUGGCAAAUGGAUGGUUCUCUGUUAAAGGAAUUCAUUGCUAAAGCCAGUAAACAUGGAGCAUUUAAGAACUGAGAGAUGUGUUUGUUUUGGACUAUUAUCUCCACAGCUUUCAGGCCUUUUUCUCAUAGAUCCAAUUAAUUAUAUCACCUGCAAUAUAAAACCACAAUGCCCAACAGCUGUACUCUUAAAGGGAUUCCAAAUUAAGUAGCAAGCACUUUACUUGGGUUUUGUUACUCCAAAGAGUUGGAUCUAUUUACUGUUUUAAGUAACUCUUGAGAAAAUCAGAACAGGUGGCGUUGGUAGAAGUAGCCAAAAUAAUGUCAGAGAUUCUUUGCAGAGAUGACUUAUUAAUUUUUAUAAUCACAUUGUGGUACCUCUUGUUCUUUUGAAGCACUCUAAUGACAACUGGAAAAUAUCUUACAUGGAAUAAAGGGAGUUUUGAGAAAGGAAUAAUCCUCUCUGUAUAUAUAUGAAGGAAACUUGCACUCAGUCAUUUGAGAAGAAUUUGUGAAAAAUACUCCAUUUCUCUAUACAUCUUCCUAGGAAUAAGUCUCACUGAAUUCAGUGGGAUGUAAUAGAUUUGCACUGUAAGUACAUUGAGUUAUACAAUAACUUAAAAUGUUGAAGGACCAGAUUGUUUUUCCUAAACAAAUUGGAAUUAUUGUUUUUGUAUUUCCUUUGAAGUGUAUUAUGUUUGGAAAAUAAUUGCAUAAUGUUCUGUUUUGGGAACUUAAAUCAUUCAAAGUAAAUGACUGUCGGAAAGCUGUUUUGCAUUGUGAUUAUGUAUAAUCUAUAUAAUAAAAUGGAUGCCUGCCUAAUGUGAGUUCUAAACUUUAUUAAAAUUAUACAUUAAAUAAUCUUUAUAUGAGAACUGU